AUGUGUUCCCCGGGAGCCCUGAAGGUGACAGGUCCCAAAGGUCAAACCUUGGUCCCGCCACGUUUCACAAAUGAGGGACUGGGCGAGGGCUGGAGAUCCGCACAGGCGGGGAGCGGGCGAGAGGGCAAGGGCGGCGGGAAGGAAGCGGCAGUGCAGCCGGCAAAGGUGCCCCGAGACUGCGAGGGUGCGCGGCUCCCCGCGCUGGCCUCCCGAGAGCUCGGGGCCACUGUCUGCAGGUGGGCGCGAGACAGGAGCGGCCCGGCCUGUGGGCGACAAGGGCCUGGGGUUCCCGCUGCCCGACCUGCAGGUGCAGGCUGCACGGUGGCCUGCGGGGGUCACUGCCUCCCAGACGCGUCCCCCCACAGCCUGCGCGCCACCGAAAACGGAGGCGCGGGGCCGCUCCCGGCCAGCAGGCGCGCACUGCAGGCACGGCCCCGCGCGACGGCUCUGUGCGAGCACCGCGCUGCCCGCGUUUACCUGCGGGACCUGCGGGGUGACUUUAAAUAUUUUCGCUUUUCCUGCGGCGCACCUGAAGUUUCUCCCGCCUGGGCCUCGGAAGUGCAGCGCCCGUGGUCGCCAGCAGGGGCGGCGGUGGACGGGAGCGAGAGGGGGCGAUGGCGCGGCCCCGUGCAGCCCCGCGGGCGGCCGCGUGCUCCCCGCUGGUGCGGUGGACCGGGAGGCGCGGCUGUGCGCAGCCUGAUUCCUGGGCCGUGCGGUCACGCCGCAGGCUGGAGACCUGGCCCGAGACAGGGCACAGCAGCGGUGGCCCUGUGGCUGGCGUCCGGCUGGCGUCCCACUGCCGUGCGUGGCCGGGGCAGUGAGCCGAGGACCCUGUCCUGCGUUUGAACAGGGAAACUACGCAUCCUGGUAAUGCGAGGCUCUGGGGAGCCGCGGAGCUCCACGCCCUCCCGGCACUCCCGGCCUGGUGCUGCGCGGGCA